AAUGAAAGUCAUACAGUAGACAGAAAGGUAAGUCCUUAGCAAUUUUCAUGUCUUAUUGUGCAAUUCUUUUAGCAGCGCUGCGAAUGAUGAAAUACAUCGUUGGAUUGGCGAAAUUCGUUUCUCAUCAAAAAAGUUUGAAUUGUGUCAUUGUAUUGGGCGGCGAUACAGUCUGCUGUAGUAGUACAGUAGUUUGUAAACAGUUAUGCUUUAAAUGUUCUCAUUAUGAAAUAUUUCGUCGCAUUGUGAAAUUCAUCGUUGAGUUGCUUAUAUGUUGAACUUUUUCUUAUUUUUCGGUUGAUUCAUCAAAAAAAAAUUUAAAUCUGUAACAAUCAUUUUUAUUCCGAAAAAUAUUAUUGUUCAUUAUGUCUCCUGUGCCUCAUGGAAUCAUCUCUACAAGAUACAUUGGGUAUUGUGUUGAAUGAAACCAAUCGAGAACAAAUACUAAUGAAUAACUCUGUUUGUGUGGCACCGACUUGAGUGUGUUUGAGAUGAGUUUGACAUUUGGCGCUCAAUAGAUUGACAGAAUGCUCCGAUUGCAACCGAAAUCAACAGACAGAUUGCAACCGAAACAUAUAAUUCAAAUACACACCACAAACCGGUGCUCAUUAUUCGCUGAAGAGCAUAUAAACUACGGGAAAGAAACAUUAAAUCGGUGGCAUCAAAAAGUAAGGAGUAAAAAGUGUCGAUUUAAUCAUCACCAAUCAAAAGUCAGCUGUUAAUGCACUCGAAAGGAAUCGUUCAAAAAUGAACAACCAAGUCAUUGUAAACCCAGGCUUGUAUGAUUUGCCGGACGAAGUGUUACUGCCACUGAUGAUCACUUUAAACGACACAACUUUGCUGGACAUGACACGCGUGUGCAAGCGGUUUCAGGCAAUUGCAAAAGAAGCAUUCGUAAAAAAGUACCAUGGAACAACCAAAGAUGAUUUCUAUGGAAUGAGAGUCUACUCGGCAAACAUGAACGAGCAGCUGAAACAAUAUCAUCCGUUCUUCAGUGCGUUCGGAGAAAAUAUGAUUGCUAUCAAAAUCCGCUUUCUUGAUGACGCUGAAAAUGUCAAAGACCAUUGGAUCAAUGGGCUAAUUCAACGAUAUUGCACAUCGUUGGCGAAGCUUGUAGUUUAUCGUGGUGAUGUCGAUCUAACGGGAAUCAUUUUCUGGCUACCGAAACCCACACUGACGCAUCUCGCUUUGGAAUCGAUGUCGGUGUCUAAUUACUUAUGGGCCGAUUAUGAAUAUUCGCAAUUGAUUUGCUUCCAUGCCGUUGAAGCGAAUAUUGAUCAAGAAAAAAUCGAAAAAUUCAUUGGAAACAAUCGACAAUUGGAAGAGCUACGUCUCGUGGGUGAAUUUAUCGGUAUUGAUAUUCUCGAAGCAAUAAGUGGCAAAUUAAACGAGUUGAAACGGCUUACGAUUCAAUGUUAUGAAUAUCAGGAAUCACCGGAAAAAUCGAUCACCAUUGAAUUAAGACAGCUGCAAGAGCUCGAAAUUCAUCUGAAUGAUGAGACAUGUGAGCCGGUGCUACAGUCGAUCGCAAAAGGAUGCAAAAACGUCGAACAGUUGGAGAUUGAAGAUGAAGCGGACUGUUUGGUUUGGAACGAAGAGAAAAUUGAUGCCAUUUGUGAAUUCGUCAAACUAAAAUCACUUCAGCUUUGUGCAACACAUCUCACCGUUAAGCAUAUCAAACGAAUCGUACAAAAGUUGCCGAAUUUGACAUCGCUUACGCUUUCCGAUGCGGAUGAGAUACAUGACAAGAUACCGCAGAUCAUUUCGAUUUGUUCAAAGUUGAACAGCAUUGAAUUGCAUUCCGAAUCACUUGUCAUGCCGCAUUUAAACUCAGAGUUUCUUUGCGGAAUUGCUGAAACAACCGAUCGUAACACAUCGAUGAAAGUUACCUUGGAAUUUGGCGAUAAGCCAAAGAAGAUUUUUUUCACUCAAGAAGAAGUGCGUUGUGAAAAUGCAAUCGUUUAUUGGAGUGGCUACGUUCCGAUUGACAAUCAAACAAAGACGCUAUUGGACUUGAGCGAUGAAUGUCUGAUGAAAAUCAUUGGCUAUCUCGACAUAAAUGCACAAGCUGCACUGUACACCACUUGCACGAAAACUCAACGAGCCAUAAAAGACCAUCUAUCUACCACAGUAUUUCAUGUGCCCGAUUUAUCCAACGCCAUUGACGAAGAUGCUUUUCAAUCACUGGCUCCAUCCAUUCACAAAAUUAUUGUGAUACGUGACCUCAGGUUGGAACAAUGGGAACACAUAAAUUUACAUUGCACGAGUUUGAUUGAAUUGAACAUGGCAUACUCUCACAAUCGCGACUUAUAUCGAUAGAAUUUUGUGUGGCCGAAGCUCCAAAAGUUGACGCUAACCAAAUGCUCACCAAGAAUACUACGUUCCUUCGGCUGCCCAAUGCUCACACAUCUGGAAGUGCACGAAUUUGAAAACACGGCCAUCAAUUCGGCCAAGGCCUUGUAUUUUAGCGAUUGGUUCCGACAGUUGACUGUACUGAAGUUUGGAACAUACAAUGAGAGUGCUGAGAAGUUUCUCAUGGGUUUGGACGACAAUUUUUGUCAACAAUUGCAAGAAUUUUCCAUUGGGAAAUCUAGUGCAUUGCUAGAGCUUAAAAUUUCCAAAGACCGUCUCAUGAAACUUGUGAAUACGAUCAUUCGAUGUCGAAACCUGACCAUCUUGCGUCUCAUUAUUCCUGAUAUUGCAAGCACUGGCAUGGAAUUCUUGUUCGAGAGCUGCACAAAGCUGGCCCAUUUCACGAUUUGCUGCAUUGACGUAUAUAAUUCGGAACAUAUGUUUCGCAAACUCAAGGAAAGCUGCCAGGAUAUCAAAUCCAUUCAAAUUGUGAUUCGUGACUCCAAAACAAAUGUCUUCCAGCGUGCAUUUUUACAAGCGAUCCUCCAAUCGUUUCCACAUGUAUCACUUUCAGCAGCAUGUGUUGAUAUCAAUUUUGUUUUUCCAAUCACGCCUGAUUUGAUCAAAAGCAGUUUACCAUAAAAAUCAAGUGCCAAGAUGUUGUGGUCGUUCCCUUCAAGAUCUUUUAAAUAUACAACCAUUUUUUAUGCAUUUAUUUUGAAUAUAAAUUUUUGGAAUAAAAAUAUAUUUAUGUCACUUGUGUGUUUGUAAAACAAAUGGCUUAUAACUUUCUUUCAAUUUCAAACGAUUUUCUUCGGGAAAAUGCACAUAAAAUGAUUUGCAUAUCAAAAACCAUACGUUCAAACAGAUUGGCAUUGAACGAAUGCAAACGUUGCAAACGUUGCAAAUGAAUAUUAAAGCGAAUGUCAAACCCGCUUCACUAACACAUUCAAAUCCGCCAAUGCAGAGUAUUUCUCAACUUCAACAUAUCCUGUGACUGCGAGAGCUUCAUUUUCUUACGCAAUUUAUAUUUCAUAUUCGACCAUUUUCUCAAUAAUAUAAUUUUUGAGCAAGUCAACGAAUUCAUUUAAAAUAAUUCGGUUGACUGAGCAUAUUAUGAAAUUCUAAUGGUUCAAAGCUCAUGAAAAGUGAUAGAUCUACCGAUACAAUAAGACGCAUUUCAAAUUGACAAUAUUUGAUAAUAUUUGGUAAGAUGAAUGAUUCUUUUAAAGAUAUAUUUUCAAAUAGAAAGUUUUAUUAUGUGGAUAAUAAUGUGUUAGGCACAUUUUGUUGUCGAUUACAUAUGCUUUGAGACAUAACCACACAAUUCACCAUAUCGAACGCAAUACUAUGGUUCUUCUUGAAAAAUCCAAUUAGAACAAAGCAUGUCCAUGUAUUUUCAGAUGGACACUAAAAUGGCGAAUGAUUCCGAGAUAACUGUAUUCGGCCUAUACGAUUUUCCAGACGAAUUGUUGUUACAUGUGAUGGGACAUUUGAAUGAUAAAAACCUCCUAAAUAUGACACAAGUAUGCAAACGCUUCAAAGCCAUCGCCCAAGAUGCAUUCGCCAAAAAGUACAACGGAGAUACUGGCAAAGACUACUAUGCAUUGAAGGUUCACUCAGCAAAUAUGACCGAACAACACAAGCAGUACCGUCCAUUCUUCACAAGGUUCGGUGCAAAUAUGACUGCUCUCGAGAUUACGUUUAUUGAUGAAUCUCCUGAUGCGAACAGCCAUUGGAUCAUGGGCCUCAUUCAACGGUACUGUAAAUCUUUGGCCAAGAUUACUGUAAUUGGUGGUUCGGUCAAUUUGAGUGGAAUAAUCUCACGAAUGCCGAAACCAACUCUAACGCAUCUUCGAUUGGAAUGGGUGUCGACAACUAAUCAUUCAUGGUCUGAAUAUAACCACCCGAAAUUGAUUUACUUACAAGUUACAACAUGGUCAUGGGCAAUGACACCAUUCGAAGUUAAAAAUUUCAUUGAUAACAACAGACAAUUGCGAGAAAUUCACUUGGAUGGUGAUUUCUUUGCCAUGGACAGCAUUCUUCAAAUCUGCAGUGGAAUAUUGAAUCAAUUGGAAUAUUUGCGCAUUUAUAGAAAAAACGAUCGUGUAUUCGCAUUAAUGACUACUCCGAUAUAUCUCGAACGAUUGAAAAAACUCGAAAUUGAAUUCUCUGAUGCCAGCGGCGAAUCAUGGCUACGAUCGAUUGCAAUGGGAUGUAAAAACAUCGAAAUCUUGCAUCUCGAUAACAGUUUGACUGGAAGCAUAAUUUGGAACGACAAGAAAAUUGAACAUUUGUGCGAAUUUGGUCAAUUGAAGUCGCUGAAGCUAUGUGCAGUAAAUCUGUCUGUCAAUUAUAUCAAGCAAAUGGUUCAAAAGCUACCGAACUUAUCAUCAAUAACUCUGUAUAAUGCCGGUGGCGAUAUUAACAAUAACCUGCUGGAAGUUAUUGCGAUUUGUUCGAAGUUAACAAAUCUGAGUAUCAAAUUAGAUCCUACUUCUACUACAGAUUAUGUAAUUUCCAGAAUAUUCAACCUUGACUUUAAUCUACUCUCUCAAAUUGCUGAGGCUACUGAACGUAAUCGAGGAAUGAAGAUUACCCUGAAAUCAUACCAUCAAGAACUGAAGAUUGUGUCUACUCAAGGAGAGGUUCGUUAUGGAAACUCAACCGUUUUUCAUAGUGGCUACGAUCCGAUUAAUAAUCAAGCAAAGACGUUAUUGGACUUGGGUGAUGAAUGUCUAGAGAAAAUCAUUGGCUAUCUCGACAUGAAUGCACAGGCUGCACUGUAUAACACAUGCACGAAAACUCAACGAGCCAUAAAAUACCAUCUAUUAAACACGGUAUUCUAUGUGCACGUUUAUGGCAUGCAAUAUUUGUCCAACACCAUCGACGAACAUUCCUUUGAAUGCCUGGCUCCAUCCAUUCGUCAAAUGAUAGUGGAGCGUGAUCUCAGCAUAGAACAAUGGGAGCACUUAAACCUUCAUUGCACAAGAUUGAAUGAAUUAUGCAUGGCAUUCCCACAGAAUCCAAUCAUAUAUCAAACGAGUUUGUUAUGGUCGAAUCUCCGAAAAUUGACGCUUCAAUGCUGUUCAGCAACGGAUCUGCGCUUUUUCGACUGUCCAUUGUUGACGCAUUUGGAAGUGUUUUUCAUUUCUUCAUAUUACGAGAAUUGGAUGCAUACUUUGGAUUUUACUGAUAAAUUUCAACACUUGACUGCUCUAAAGUUCAACUAUUACAAUGACGAUGUUGAACAAUUUCUCAUGGCACUCAAUGAGAGUGCUGUCUACCAGUUGCAGGAGCUAUCGUUGAAAGGUUCCACCUUCGCGCUAGAAAUCGAACAGGAGCGUGGAGUAUCCACAGAAUGCUGCAUCAAACUUAUCAAUAUCAUUUCUCGAUACCGAAACCUGACCACCCUGCGCCUCAUCAUUCCUGCCAUUAUGCGUACAGAUAUGCGAUUUUUGUUCGAGAGCUGUACAAAAUUGGCCCAUUUUAGUGUAUCCUGUGAUGAAAACGCAUAUUGUUCGCAAGCUAUGUUAGGCAGUCUCAAAACCAACUGCAAAGAAAUCGAAUCUGUUCAAAUGGUGUUUGGUGAUGGUCGAAUUUAUGCCUAUCAUCGAAGAGUGCUAGGAAAUAUCCUUCGAUUGUUCCCAGGUGUAUCAAUUACAGUAGCAUUUCUCGAUAGCGGAUUGGUUUUUCCACUUUCUGUUGAAUUGAUUCAAAAUUGUUUACGCUUCUAAGCGGUUAAUUUUCUUGAAAUAUUUCUGAAAUACAUCAAUACAAAUAUUUCUAUCUGUUUUUUGAACAAUAACAGAGAUAAUUUAGAAUUAAUUUAGUAUUUCCCAUUUCUAUGCAACACAUUUGUAAUCAUUUAAAUAAAAUGAAAUCUAUUUGCGAACCAAA